GAUGACCCCACAGGACAUGUUAUAGGGCUGCAGAGCUGAGAUGGGCACAAAGCUACCUGCUCAUCGAGAGCAGAAACAGGGGCAACAGGAUGAAUCCUGUAGAUGUGACACAGGAGGACCAGCCAGGUACGGACACUGAAAGCCAGCCUAAUACAGAGCCUGUGCGAGAAAUUCCUACAGAGCAAGAAGGGUUUUUCAACCUGCUCACCCAUGUCCAAGGUGCAAGAAUAGAUGAACAGAGAUGCAGCAUCCAAAUCGUGCACAGCAAAGGAGAGCAGGACAACACCAAUGCUUCAGACAACCCUUCGCCUGAAAUGAACCUUCUAAUGGACAUGCUUGCACACUCCCAGAGCCGCAGACUGGAUGAUCAGAGAGCAGAAUUAACCCAAACGUCAGGGUUUCCAGAUACAAUGCCAACCCGCAGGGAGUCACAUGACAAUGGCAGACUGAAGGAUGAUAUGGUUGGUCCUGUUUCUGAACCCCAGGUGACGACUGUCCCUUUCUCCACUGCUGAUGAUUAUUUCAGUUUCAUCAAUCAAGUUCACAGUCGACAUCUUGAGAAGCUUAAGAAGAACCCAGGAGGUCGCAACCAAAAGUCCUAAUGUUCAUCUGCCCAAGUGGCCAGUGUCCUAUGUAUAACACUUGACAUUCACAUACACUGCAUUAAGGAAAGGAAAAGAGAAGUUCAUAAAGCUACUCAAUGUCAGUUUGGGAAAAAAACUUACUUUUUCUACAUAAACAACCAGGACUUUUCAGUACAAAAAGUACCGAUUGAGAGUUUACCAUUCCCAAGAGUAAGGAAGGUGUAACUAUAUCCCCAAGGCAAGAUGCAGCCAUAAAGUAACCAUUUCUUUAGCAUCAAAAGAAAAUAUGAUCAUUUAAAAAAAAAAAAAAAUGUGGUCACAUGUUCAUUGCAGUUGGUGCACACUUUUUCUAAUUAAUUCCCAAGUAACUGGUUAAUGCUUGUACAUAUUGCCAUGACAAACAUAGAAGUGCUCAGCAGCCCUGAAAUUUUUAAAGACCUUCUUUCAGAAAAUAAGAAAAUUACAUUCAUUGUUAGUGCUAAAGUAAUGCUUCAAUAUAUUAUGUAUACCUCAGCUUUGGAUUUAGUAGACUUUCAGAUUUACAAACAUAAUUACUUUCUUCAAUCAUUAUAUAACACACACUGCUCAUGGCGCAUGCUUGAGAGCACUCAGCAUGGUAGGAGACUGACACCACCCAAAAAUGUUAUGUUGGUAAGUGUACUUACCUCCACAGCAUUAGUCACACGUGUAGCUUUUUAAUAGAGUUUAGUGGAGUGAGGGAACAGGGGAACGAUCGCUAACCCGAUACAAAACAGUUCACCUUUUAAUGAACAGUCAAGGUUUGAACUGGCCACUGUUAAACAAUACAAAAAAAAACAAAAAACAUACAAAAGCUAAGUAAAACAAAAGUCUUGCUCAGAAGCUUGGGAAAUAUAGUUCUCAUACCUCUAUCUGAAGGGCAAAAGUUAACCAUCAGUGACAUGGGUAUUGAUUGUGAGAUGUUUUAAUUGCCAUUUUGGCACAACAGGCUCUGCUUCUACUAGCUACAUAAGAUUUUUCUGCCAAUAAAUGACUCUCUGCAAAA